AAAUAGAAUCGCAUUGUCUUUUCUAACACUCGGAUUGAAUUUGCGCCACAUUUGGCAUUUUCUCCAAUAAUUUCAUCGAUAUUUAGUUAAUUUGUAGUUUUUAUAUCGAAAAUUGUGCUUCUCAGCAAGCAACUCGUACUUUCACUGUAAUUUCUCGCGGAAAAGUGCAGUGAAAAUACAGGAAAAAUGAGAAAUUCUAAGCUCGAAACUAAGGUGGUUGAGCACCAAGAUUUUCUCAAGCGAAUUAAGAAGACGUUGUAUUAUGGUGCGUCGCCAGCCUCAUAUCAGUGCGAUAGGAUUUCACGCCCGCUCGCCGAUUAUACGGCAGAAAUGUUCUCGGAAACGCACAAGGGGACAUCCUUGAAUCGAUUGGAUUUCGUAACAGUGAGCAAGUUGAAGGUGACUCCAUGUUCCUUGAUACUUGCGAUGAUUUACUUGGAUCGAUUGAAUAGCCGUGAUCCGGAUUACGUGCGCAAAAUUACACCGAGCGAAUUGUUUUUAGUGUCGAUGAUGGUUUCUACUAAAUUCUACUGCGGCUAUGACGAAGAUAUUUACAUUAGUGCAUGGGCAGAAUAUGGAAACAUGACUUCUGAUCGCUUAAAGGAACUUGAAUUGGAUUUCUUGGAUGCCAUGGAAUGGGAAAUCUACGCCUCUAACUACGAAUUUUUCGAAAAGUUAAAACAUGUCGAGUACGUUUUAGCGAAAAGGCAGGGCACAAAACGUGGCUGGCUGACAUAUACGGAGCUGGCGCAACUUUUGCCGUCGUUCGCGAUUGCCAAACACAUCAUCAAUUGCAGCACGAUUCUCGCCUUGAGCUACGUGGCGGGCGUCGUGACGAUUUUUAGUGGAUUUUUCGUGGCAAGUCAUGUACCUGGAACCUCACUUUCGGCCCAAAAGACGAGUGUGACGACAAACAGCAGCUUGCUGCAAGGCGAUACCGACGCUACAUCAAGUGACCUGACGAGUGAGACGGAAGAGACUGAAUUAGAUUACAUAAUGGAAGAUUUAAAUGAAUCCAUUGAAAUGUACGAUGACGAUGAGGUCGAAUGUCGAAAUAGUACAAAUUCGCCGCAAAUGUUGACUCAUUGGUUGUUACAGAAUAAAUGCAGUCCGACAUCUGGCGUGAACAAUGGCAUUCUUUUGCGGAAUUACUUGGAUGACAAUGGACAUGCGAAAGAUGCGAAUUAUGAGAAAAAUCGAACUUCGUGGUCUUCUUGGGCAGAAUUACUCGUGAAAAGUCUCUCUCAGUAUAAAGUGGCGCAGAAUCAUGACAAAGAAAAUUUCGAUACGGCUCGACUUGUGCCAGCGAUUUGGAUGAAAUUUAUUUAGGACUCAAAUUUUGGAGUCAUUGAAACCGGAAAACCCUUAAAAAUUGAACCUGUUGAAUUCCUUUACUUACAAUUUUUACGAAAAACACGAAACAUUGAAAUCUACUUCUGAAUUUUAUUUAAACUUAUUUUUGAAUGAAUUGCUAAUAAAGUUUAUUUUUCAAAAUAAUUU